UUCAUGGCGGCGCUUUGAGUUGCUUGUUGUCCUUUGAAGUGGAAUGUACGCUUGUCAUGAGGGCUCUCUGGAAAAAUUUAGCAAUAGAUAGCCAGGCAUUUUGAGGAAAAUAAUGGCGAUCCAUAUUUCAUAUCUUUAGCCAUGUGUUUCGUCCAAGUGAAUAAGUUUUGCAGGACGUAACUGAAGGUGUUGAUCGCACUGUGUUACAACUCGCCCAGGGCACACGCCGUUGUUGUUGGCCUACCGAAGUUGAACAGCAUAAACGCUUUAGGAAGUUUACAGAAACACUUCAGCCGAGUUGAUGACUGUUACACGGGUUCUAAAGACUCCACAACUGGUAAUAUUGAUAUGUGAUGAACAAGUACGAAAUUUUAGGGGUUGUUGGUGAAGGUGCUUAUGGAGUUGUUCUCAGAUGUCGACAUAAGGAAUCAGGAGAGACUGUUGCUAUCAAGAAGUUUAAAGAUUCUGAAGAUAAUGAAGACACCAGAAGAACCACCCUGAGAGAGCUAAAGAUGCUGAGGGCUCUCAAGCAGGAGAAUAUUGUGGAGUUAAAGGAGGCAUUCAGGCGGAGAGGAAAGCUUUACCUCGUCUUUGAAUAUGUUGAAAGGAACAUGCUAGAGAUGCUGGAGGAGUUACCUAAUGGCGUACCUGUGGAGAAGGCUCGUAACUUUACCUAUCAGCUGUGUAAGGCCAUACACUGGUGCCAUGUUAAUGAUAUCAUACACAGAGACAUCAAGCCAGAAAACUUACUCAUUAGCAAAAACGGUGUUCUGAAACUAUGUGAUUUUGGGUUUGCCCGUAGCCUGACCAAUGGGGAGUGUGCUGUGUAUACAGAUUAUGUGGCCACAAGAUGGUAUAGAUCUCCAGAAUUACUCCUAGGUGGAGCAUAUGGCAAGGCUGUAGACAUAUGGUCUAUUGGCUGUAUCCUGGGAGAAUUGAGUGAUGGCCAGCCCUUGUUUCCAGGGGAGAGUGAGAUAGACCAGUUAUACUGUAUUCAGAAAGUUCUGGGGCCACUACCGCCUAAACAGAUGGACAUGUUCUACGGAAACCAGAGAUUUUCUGGACUCAGGUUUCCUGCAGUGACCAGUCCUCAAUUGUUGAAGCGUCGCUAUCAGGGGAUUCUCUCAAGUGUGCUGAUUGACUUCAUGCAGAAAACUCUUAUGCUAGAGCCAGAAGAUAGACUGAGUGUAGAGGACUGUCUUCAGCACACAGCUUUCCAGACAGAAAGUCUCCUGUUGAAGAACUCUCGUGUGCCUGUGAAACUCUUUAGCUCACAGUUAUCCAACAAAAAGCGGAAGAGUGACAUCACAGAUACAGAAAACAGGUCUGACACUGUCACAAAGCUGACACACAAGUAUGCAGGGGUGAAUGGUACUGGCAACAAACGGGAAAGCUCAUUCUCAACAGAUUCCCAUCAGAUCAGCAAUAGUAAACAUGACGGACAGGAGAAUGGCUACGGUGUUGGAAAACUGCAAAUCCAGAGCAAGUACAUCAAGUCCCAGCAGAACACGGCAUUGUACAAGAACAUACAAGACAGUGGGCCUGUUGACACAGGGGACAAUGAUAUUAUAGUAGCAAAGAAUGUGAGCAGUUAUACUGGUAGCAACAGAAAUCUGUGCCAAGACCACAGAACUGAGGAGUGGCAACAGCAAGAACCAAUUCAAAAUGAUGGAAACAGAGGGGAACUUAGCAGGCUAACCACAGACUCUUCAAACAAAGAUGCCAAAGCUUCACUAUGUGUGAUAGACAAUCGGCAUCACACAACAUUUUCAGAUUUCCGGAAUAAAAAAGUGAUAGAUAACUCGAGUCCCAGGACAGAUUAUAAUCAUGUAAACAGUGAGUGUGCGAGGCAGGAGUGUGAUGAUACUGAACCAUGUACAUAUGCUGAAAGGGUGCCGACUCCUAUACCUGCUACAUCAGACUCCAAAUAUCUGAAAAAGAAAGACAGUGUUUCACACUUUGACGAUUUUCGUUCAGAAACUGGUGCUGGCAGUACGGUAGUUACUCCCCGUGACAGAGAUAUCUCCUGGCAAUCAAACAGUUGUGUUAAGUCAGUUUCCACAUCUAGUCAGCCACAAACACAGGGUGGCACACAAAUACAGUCCAAUUUAGCAACAGAAAAGAGAACAUCAGGAAAGUUUCUGGAUUCAUCAACCCAGGGCGAACUACAGAGAAUAAAGAACACAGUAUUAAGCCGUAAGAAGAGCCGAGAAGGGUCCGCUCCCAUCAAGUCCUUGGCAGACAGGCUCUCAGAUGCCAAGCUGCAGCUGGGUGCAGAUGGUACCCCAAGGGUAGGGAUGCAGGACUGGGGGCAGGGUGUGUACACCAGCCAACGUAUAGCUCGGGAGAGGAGAGCCAGGAGCCACUACUAUGACUCUAGCCUUGCUCGAUCAACCAGCCCAGCUUCUCCAGAUCUGUUAGCAUUGCCUGGUAGUAAGUGUCUAGGCGCAACUCCUGUUUCACUGAGGUCUCUGAAGUGUGGUCAGCAGAACAGUGACGCUUCUCUCGCCCCUCACAGACAUCACCAUGCUGAUGUAUCCAACUCAUCCAUGAGGAAAUAUGGUGAUUCUUAUGCUGGAGAGUGGACACCUGCCAUAACCCCCUCCUCAACCAACACAGCUAUCUACACCCUGGGCAAGAAGAAGAAAAAGAAGAAACUAGUCAGUGUGCUCCAGCCUGACUCGGUGGCAUCAGGAAAGUUCUCCCCACCUCGUGGCCAGCAGAGCGUAUCACGCCUGUCCCACAGAGAUUUGGAUAUGAUGGACACCGGUGAGGGAUAUGGACCUGAUGGGUUGUCCGGGGGUGGAGCUGGGCGUGGAAUGUACCCUCAUGGAGGAUCUCACACAGACACACAACAGAUGUCUCUCAGAAAACUAACACAAACCCCUGUGGAUAAGGCUGGAAGACUACAACCUAUACAAAUAGCUCCAACGCAUAUUUUGGCUGGUUCAACUCUGAAGCCGCAUCCUCAUUUGUUGCCAAACCUUGAGAAAACCAGCUCAUCCAGUUACCCCGUAAGGGAAGAUGACGGCGUUGAGAAUGUUUGUAUGGAGUCUCCACCACCCCCAGGCACGGAUCGUACCACUCCAUCACCACCCUGGGCUCGGCCCCCGUCUUGUGAACAAGACCAUUCCCCUAGGGACGUUCCCAUGCGUACUGUCAGCAAUAUCAAGCAAGCCAAAAUAUUCUAGGUUUCCUGUAGAUUAAAGGAGCUACAGGAGGGACAGGAAAAGAUGAUCAUCUUCACUUAAACACAUAGACAAAUACACAUAUUCCAUCAGUCAUCCUGUUCAUACUGUUUACAUGUACACAUAUUAAAACAGAAAUACCUGUAUACACGAUUUAUUUAUUUGUUUGAUUGUUGUUUUACGCCAUACUCAAGAAUAUUUCACAUACACGACAGCGGCCAUCAUUAUGGGUGUGAAUGUACUCAUGCAAACAGACUUCAACUUGUCAUAGAAAGGUUACUUAGAACGGAUAACCAUUGAUCCACUACUGUUGUGGUAAAUUUGUUGUGCAAAGAGUACAUAGAAUAUGUGAUGACUGGAACUUUAUCCUAGAGCUGACAAACGGAAUUGAGACUGACAGUUUUAGUUAGACAGCUAUAUGGAAUCACGCACGUUUUUCUUGUGUUUUGUGGAGUUAAGGCAGCGCACGGGAUAAUGGCUAAAUUUUCUACAUGUAUCCCCAGUUCAUGUAAUGUCUUUAUUGUAAGAAGAAUACCUCUAUGUUCAAGGACAUAAGACUACAUACCAUGUUUUGGAUUUCGUUACAGCUACAUGUAUAUAUUAUCUGAUCAUAUAAGUGAACUUCCUCUAAGAAGGCACCAUACUCCUAUUCUCAGUGUACAUGGGAAAUUGCAAUUGAGCAAGCAAUCACUGGUCAGCAAUUAUACAGUUACCUGCAUCUAAAAAUGACAAACAGAACACAGAGCACGCCCUGAUGUUUUAUGAGUGUUAAGCUCACCUUUUGGGUUUAGUAGCUAUCCAGUUAGUACCUCUCUAUUGAUCUAAAACAAUAAAACAGUAUUAAAUUGGACAGGUUGAUCACAUCAUUUUCAUCAUGUUUACAGUAUGUUUUACUUCAAAGUGCAAAGUUGUAGAUUUGAUGUACAUAAAUGCUAAAUCUGUUCCUUUCCAUUUCUUUGUAACUGUAAUAUAUAUAUGUACAUUGCCUUUAGCCAUGCACUAAUUCCUGUUUUACAUGUACGUCGACUUCAGUUGUUAUGUGGGCUCUCUUACUCUUUUCUUUGU